UACAACAGUCAUCUAUUAACACAGACCUGGUGCUUAAUCCAAGAUGGCUGCGCCCUGCACUUUGGUUACGGCGUGAAGGUGCUCCUGAUUUGAACAUUAAAUAACGGACAGGUUUCCAACGGCCGGUUCUUCUUACAGACAGUCGGACAGACCGAUAGCCUUCCAGACCAGGAUGUCCAAGAUCUCCAAAGCCGCCAAAGCGGUGAAGAAGAUGGAUGUGGGCGGAGUUAUCCGGGCCAUUGUGCGAUCAGGGCAGGCGGCACCUGGCCCACCACUAGGUCCUGUCCUGGGACAGAAGGGCAUCCCCAUUGGCCAGUUCUGCAAGGAAUUCAACGAGAGAACCAAAGACCUCAAGGAAGGAAUCCCUUUACCCGUCAAAAUCCACGUUAAGCCUGACAGGACGUACGACCUGAAGAUCGGCCAGCCGACAGUCUCCUAUUUCUUGAAGCAGGCGGCGGGCAUCCAGAAAGGGGCCGGUAAAACAGGACAUGAGACGGCUGGUAUGGUGUCUGUGAGGGCCGUGUAUGAGAUUGCUCAGGUCAAGGCCCAGGAUGAGGCGUUCAAGAUCCGGAAUGCUUCCCUGGAGACGGUCGUCAAGAGUAUCAUUGGCUCGGCUCGCUCGUUAGGCAUCAAGAUUGUGGACGAUUUGUCAGCAGAGGAGUACAAGGCCUUCCUGGAGGAGAAGGAGGAACGAUUGAGAGCAGAGGCUGCGGCAGCAGGAGAGCCAACGCCCGUGAAGAAGAAAUGACCCCCCCCCCCCCGCCCCCCAAUCAAACAUAGUUGUAUUUAUAAACAUUGCCCUUCUCUGGUCAACAUGCCACCCAGAUGAACACAGUCAUCUUGCUUUUUGUAUUUCUUAGCCAAAUAAACAUUUCUGGCAUUGUUAAGGUUAUUCGUUUAUAUUUCAGUCAAGAAAAAUGAAUGGUUUGUCUGCAGAGUUUAUGAAAAUCUUUUUUAUGCUCAGUAGGUUUCAAGCAAUCUCAGAAUUGGCGUCAAACCAUGCCAACUCACUGUAUUAAAGGAAUAUAGGAAAAAAGUUGCCGCAUCUUGUACUUGCCAUCUGUCAAACUAAGUCUGUGUCCCUUAUGACAGUGUUCUGGCUGCACUUCUGAAACCAUAUAUUUACUUUGCCUCCACUGCUUUUUAUUCACGAUGGGUGUCAAGAAAGGAAAAGGGCGUCUUUUGAAUGUGGACAGAUCUAUAAGUGUUAUUAAUGUAUAUUUUGCAGAUAUACUUGGUUUGCUUAUGCCAGACAACAUUUUAUUUGUAAUCCCUGAAGCACCUUCUUUUUCCUCUGCCAUGGUAACUGCAAUGAAGUCAUGGGGCGGAGAGGCAUUUAUGCAGUGUUAUAGCCCAUUUCCCAAGAUUCUACACAUGCCAUUUCUUAUGUGCCCCUAAAACUAUGGUAAAUGUUUUUGUUUUCUCCGGUUUACAGAAAAUUAAGUCCUUAAUGUCUCGCUAGCUGUAUGCCAUGAUAGCUAUAGAUAAAAACGAGAGGUUUACCUGAA